GCACUAUGAGAGGCGGUACUGAUGCGGCCUAACCAGUUCUCCUGGCUUGGUUUAAGCUUAUAGGCAUUUAACUGCCAGAUCCAUCCGAUCCUGCCUGACAGAGCAGCGGCGAUAAGCUGAGGAGGAGACGUCUCUCCCUGGACUUUGUUUAGGUGGAGGUGACGCUGGCAGCAGCAUACGAUAACUUUGCUGUGGUUUCGAGUUUCCAUGGUUCUUGUAUUUUAGUAUAAAUCCCGUAAUAUGUGGAUUUAAAUACACCCAAGAAAUCAUGAGUGGGGACACCAACAGUAGAAGUUUUUCAGAAAGCCUGGUCCUGGAUGACUCUGAGAAAGGGGUCAUCAUUACAGGAAUCACAGAUGACACAGUCGCUGCAAAGAGUGGCCUGAAAGCAGGGGAUGAGAUUGUUGCAGCCACUAUACACUUAGACCACCUCAGCAAAAAUGAAGUGUUGAACAUCCUGAAGGUCCUGGAGCCAUAUGAUAACAACAUGAAGGUUCUGACAAAGAAAGAGCUGAGUGCCAGUGCUGGCCUUGGCACUUUGGGAUUAGGUCUCAAAGACCCUGCAGAGAUGCUCAUCCAAAAGAAAGAUCUGUCACUGGACACGUCGGCUGAGGGACCAGUGGUCUCCCUUGGCCAGGGUGGAAACCUAAAUGUUGCGCAGGGGUUGGGGGGUGACUUAAAUAUUCCCACUCUCAAUGGAGACCUUCCAAGUCUCAAUCUAAGUAAGACCUCAGAUGAUGCUGGUGCCAAGUUCACAAUGCCCUCUUUGGGACUGACUGGACCAAGUGUAAAGGGAGAUCUAGAUGGCACCCUCAAAGCACCUGAUGUCAGUGUCUCCACUCCCCAGCUUAACACUCCCAGUACCUCGUUUGACAUUGAGAAACCAGAAAAAAAAACAGGUGACCUGAAAUACAAGCCCCCGAAAUUCACAAUGCCAAACUUUAAUCUUUCAUCAGAAAAACCAGAUGUAGACAUCAAUGUGCCAAAGGCUGAGCUGAAUGGUCCUGAUGUAAAUUUAGAAGGACCAAAUGCUGAUAUUGAGGCACCUUCAGGCAAAAUCAAGUGGCCCCAUCUAAAAUGGAAAGGCCCCAAAGUGAAAGGACCAGAUGCUGACUUGAAUGCUGGCCUAUCUGUACCUGAUGCCAGCCUCUCCACACCAAAGAUCGAUGGAGAUCUAAGUACACCAGAUGUGGCCCUAAAUACUGACAUGGACGUUUCUUCAGGUAAAAUCAACUGGCCUCAUUAUAAGUGGAAGAAACCCAAACAACCAAAGGCUGAUCUGGACUUAGAUGCGAACCUGAACACACCAGAUGUUGAUCUUGCUGUUCCAAAAGUGGAAGGUGAAAUAAACGCCCCAGAUGUAGACAUAAAUUUGCCGAAGGGUGACAUUAAAGGCCCUGAGCUAGACCUGCAAACCACAAAUAUUGACGUACAGGCUCCAUCUGGUAAAAUCAACUGGCCUCACCUGAAAUGGAAGAAAGGCAAAUAUCCCAAAACAGACAUAGGCAUAGAUUCAGAUCUAAACACACCUGAUUUAAAGACUUCAGCUCCAAAGAUUGAGAGUGACAUUAAUGUACCUGGUGCAGAACUGAACCUCCCAAAAGCUGACCUUCAAGCCCCUGAUGUAGAUGUUAAUGCCCCAGUUCUUGACAUUGAUGCUCAAUCAUCGAAAGUGAACUGGCCUCACCUGAAGUGGAAGAAAAACAAGCAUGGCCUCAAAGGUGAUAUGGAUGGUAAUGUAGACCUGAGUGCACCAGAUGUUGAUCUGCCUGAUGCAAAAAUUGAUGGUGAGAUAAGCACACCAGACUUACCCAAUGCUGACAUUGAGGCCCCUUCUGGCAAAAUCAAGUUUCCAACACUCAAAAAGCCAAAGUUCCUGAUUUCUGGGACAAAGACAAAAACCCCAGAUGUUGAUGCACUUGACCUCAGUCUCUCUCCCCAAGCAUCACUUGAUGGGCCUGAUGUUGAUCUGAAUGCACCCCCACUUGAAGUUAAAGCCCCAGAGGUAGACACUGAGCUUCCAUCUGGGAAGUUCAAAUGGCCCACUCUUAAAAAGCCAAAGUGGUCAGUCUCAGGCCCGAAAGUUAAUGGUCCAGAUGUUGAUAUUGAGUCUGGUGUUUCAACCACUGACUUGAACCUCUCAGCUCCAAAAAUGGAUGGUGUGAUUAAUGCCCCAGAUGCAAAUAUAAACUUGCCAAAAACUGACCUGGAGGACGUCAAGUUAGACAUUAAUUCUCCGGAUGAUGAGGGUCUGUCUGGAAAAUUCAAAUGGUUCAACUUUAAGAAACCCAAGUUUGGCACCCUGAAGGGUCCAAAGGCUGACAUUGAUGCUGAUGUGAAUGUACCGGAUGCACACCUCAAAACACCUGACAUGGAUUUGAGUGCACCAGACCUCAAUAUCAAUGUGCCCACUGCUAAUGUCAAAGGUCCAGCUGUGGAUCUUGAUCACAACUCAGAUGGUAAGCUGAAACUACCAAAUUUCAAUGGGGUAAAAGUUAAGGGAUCUGAUGCCAGUCUUAAUUCAGACCUGAAACCGUCAGAUCUGUCUUUGUCUGCACCAGACAUUGAAGGCAGUUUCGAUGUACCAGAUCUUGACAUUAAUUCUCCAAAAGCUGACCUUCAAGCCCUGGAGGGUGAUGUCGCACCUGGAAUAUCCAUGAUACCCAACAUGAAACUGCCAAAGUUUGAUUUAUCAGGGCCAACAGUAAAAGGACCUAAUGUCAAUACUGGUGCUGACCUCAAGAGUUCAGGUCUGGAUCUUUCUGCCCCCACAUUUAAAGAUGUCAGCACUCCAGAUCUAGGGCUUGAUUCUGAUCUUAAGACAGAUAUUCCCAAAACUAAGAUCAGUUUACCUUCUCCCGUGCAAAAGAUUGGGGGUGUGGAUCUUAAUUUGCCCAAAGCUGAUGCAAAAUUGGAUGGAAACCUCUCAUCAUCAAACAUAAACACCAAGCUGCCAAAAGCUGAACUAGAAACACAUGAUGUCACACUGAAAGCUCCAAAUGUGGAUAUCGAUCUGCCCACAGCAGACCUUAAACAGCCUGAUGCACAGUUGAAAGCACCAAAUGGUGAUUUUGAUUGCAGUCUGGGUGAUUUUAAAUUGCCUCAUUUGAAUUUUCCAAACCUUGAUCUUUCAUGCCCUGAGGUAGAAGUUCCAACUGUUCAUCCUUCAGUUGAGUCUGGAAUAGAGGCAUCUCCUAGUGCAGAUGCCAACAUCUCUGCCCCUGUGGUAGACUUGAGUGUACCAAAGGCAGAGGGAGACAUCACACUACCUGAGGCAGGUUUGGUCGCUCCAACUGUAGAUGUCAAUCCUGAAAAGUCCAAAUUGCCACAUUUCAAGCUUCCAAAGUUGAACCUUUCAGGGUCUAAUGUAAAAGCUCCAAAAGUUGAUACUAGUGCAAAUCUUGUCUCACCUGAUGUGAAAGUCAAAGCUCCCAGUGUUGAAGGAGAAAUCAGUUCACCUCAUGUCAGUAUGUCUGCUCCUGAAAUGAAGACAAGCCUCAACACACCUGAACUAGAUGUCACAGCUGAAGCAGAUGCUGAAGUUAAAAGUUCUCCAAAAAGUAAGCUGAGAUGGCCGUUCAAAUGGGGAUUAAAGUCUGGCUCAGGUGCUGAUGAAGAGGGAAGUGAGGAUGACUCUGAAACUGAUGUGUCUAACGCUGAGGUGGAGGUUCCUGCAUUCAAAUUCCACAGACUGCCGACGAACAACGUUGAUGGCAUGGGAGGAAUUGGUGAUACCUUCGGCUUAUCAAAACUUGACACAUCGGCAAAGGAUUAUGUUGUCAGCAAAGGAAUCCGCUUGCCAGUAGUGAAUGCGACAUCAAAAGGAGGAGAAAAGAUUGACAUUAUGGAAAGAUUAAAAAUGGCUAAAGAAAAACUACCCUCAGCUAAUGCCUCUCCAACCGAAGCGAAGACUGAUAUUGAUCUGAAGCUCGCCGCUCCGAGUCUUGAUGUAAGUGCCUCUUCAGAAGCAGGAGAUUCUUCUUUGGUGAGAGGAGGCACUUUCAAAGUAGAAAAGCCAGAGUCUGUACUGGGACUGGUAGCUCCUGAAGUUUCGGCAUCAGAUGAAAAGGAUAAAUUGUCAUUGGGCCUGUCCAAUAUGCUCGGCCUUAACACCAAGGAUUCAGAUGCUGAGUGAUUCCUGCUGGGCCAAUCUGAUAAAUAAAGCUUCUGUCCAGAAAAAGUGUAAAUACAUGUAACUAAACCAGUUGAAUGCCUUAGUUUGUGAUCAUAAACAGAGCUGAGCUUUUUUAUUUACACUUGCCACAGUUUUCUGCAGAUAAUGCCAGCUUCAGUAUCCUUCUUGUGGAACAACUUUGGGUAGCCUCACGAAGAAACCUGUUUUUAUAAUGUGUAUAUUCCUGUUAUUUAUAUAAACUUUUUUCUAAACAUGAUUUGUUGAUUUGGAAGCAUGUUACUUAAAUAACUGUCUCAGUAUUGUAUGUGAUCACAUCGAGCUGUUUAGGUUUCUCAGAGGUGCAUUACUUCACCAUAAACUUUUUAAAUAAGUGAAUCGUGUGAGUGAAUGUAUGUUAAUUUUUUGUUCAGUAAUUAACUCAAUAUAAUCAAUAUGCUUGUGAUUCAUUACUAAUAUUAAAGAAGGAAAAUAAUAAAACUGAUGACUUGCUGGUUUCUAUCCGACGUAAAGGAAUCUAUGAAAAAGAGCAAGAGGCUUUGCUAUGGUUUAUUUUACAGAUCCAUAAUUAUGUAAUAAAUUCUGAGAAAGCUCCCUGGAAAGGAAUUGUCCCUGAAAUAAAAACUAAAUAUUAAUCCAUUAUCCAAACCUUAACCUCAUAUAAGUUGAAAUGUACACUUGCCACUUGUUCUGUAGGAUACAAUAGCAGUUAUUUAAACAAACACUGAACACUGUCCCUAUUUUCCCUUAAUCAGACCAAAUUAAAGUUCUUUUUAGGAACCCUCUUGGAGAUAAUUUGCAAAUUAUUAAAAAAUUAUAUUUUACCAGUGUUACCAAUAAGAUUAAUGAAAAUCAAAAAUAUUAUUCAAGUGCCUGUUAAAAACGAAAAGCAUGUUAAAAAUGUGCAUGUAUUCGACGGAUGCUGUAGGGGACUUUGAGGUUGAUGUUGCUUUAAACAUGACAACAGCUUGUACAGGGUUUGAUGUGUGUUUAUUUCAUACUGAGAAAACAAGUACAAUAAAAAAAUCCAGUUGUUUCUUCAAAUGUAAAAAAACUGAAUGACAACAAACACUGAUGUGAGCAUUAAAGGUUUUAACUGCUAAAAAUGCUGUUUCAACUGCUUAAAUCUCUAGUUUAGAUCUCUUAAGUAGAUUUUGUUUGAUUAGACCAAAUUAAGGGGAUAUCUAUGUAUGAACAAAUUAUGUGACUGAUCUACUGUACUCAUCAUUCGUUCAAUCAUGUUUGAUAUAGAACGACCCCGCCAAUGCAAUUAUUACACGUGACACACAUCCUGCUAACAUGGCAUGUAUG